CGUAGUGAAUGUUAAAUUGAGCACAAAACUAUGGUUAAACGUCGUUUUCCGUUCAAGAAUGGCAAAGGCCAGCCCCGAAGCCAGGCUAUGAAGAAAAAAAUUAAAAAGGAACAAACCAGUCGUCCCCCACCCUCACGGUUUAAGAAGAACCUCAAGCAUUUGGAACGUGGUCAGGAAGCAGUGGAGGCUCAAAAACGCCAGAUCGAAGCAGAAAGGAAGUAUCGGAGCGUAUCUACCAGGGCAGAGGAGAUUUUUUCCAGCGAUUCCGAUGGCGAAGAGGAGUCUGACGCCAUCGGUACGCUGGAAGAUCUUGCUGAAACUUUCAAUCAAGGCGGCAAUAAGGUGAACAGCGACUACAGCGAAAGUGACGAGGACGAUUCCGAGGUGGAAGAAGAGGAUGGUGAAGACGAACAAACGGAUGUGGAAAACAGUGACGUCGACGACGCUCAAAGUGACGAUGGCGAGUUUUAUAGUGAUGCUGACGCAGCACCAACAGAUACAGAAGAGGAACCGAACAGCGAUGUUGAAAACGGUGGAGUAAGUGGUACAGAAGACAACGGAGAAAGCGUCACUGAAGAUAGUGGAGAGAGCGACGAUGAUGAUGCCCCACCGGACGAAAACGAUAGCGCAAUAUCUUCCGAGGAAGAAGAUCAAAGUCCUGCGAAAACUACCGAUCCUUACAUGAAGCAUACAGCCUUCAACAUAAGUCCUUCAAUGUUGGAAUCAUUGGCAGCGGAACCGCCAGUCGUAGAGCGCAAAGUAAUGCCAUUUGGUACUUUAGGAAAUGUACACGUUGAACUGCCGAAGUGUGUUAAAACGGUGGCCGAAACAAAACACAUUUUACAGAAAGAAAUGUACGCUAAACCAGGUGAAUAUCCAGUUCUGCCGAAAGAAGAAUCCACCAAUUGGUCAGCGCUUCAUGUAAAAGACAAAAUCGCUCGUAACAUCCCGGAAGAAAUUGAUUCGAUGCAGCGGGAAAUGUUUGCCGCCAUCAACAACUAUCAGGAUUUAUUUUAUGCGAGACGAAGUUUUGAAAAUGCUGAUAAAUUACGCUUCGUGUACUGCCUUCAUAGCCUGAAUCAUAUUGUAAAAGCGGUGACCAAAAUUCAGCACCACAACAUAAAACUGGCUGCGUCGAGCCAGGUUAGCAAAAAAGCUAAAGGGCGUAAGAAAAAUGUACCCGUUGUCGCUCCAGAACCUACCAUGGAGUAUCGGGACCAAGGAUUCGUGCGGCCGAAGGUGCUCAUCAUUGUGCCGUUUCGAGAGUCGGCGCUACAAAUCGUCAACCUACUGAAACAGCUGUUUGCCGGCGAUGACCCGAAAGCCGUGAUAAACUACAAGAGAUUUGCUGAGGAGUAUGGAGGUGGAAACACGUUACAGUUUCCUCAGAUCAACCGAAAACCAGAGGAUUACGAGCAAACGUUUACCGGAAACAUUGACGAUAAUUUCCGUAUUGGCAUUUCUUUCAACCGAUCAUCCAUGAAACUCUACACGCGGUACUAUUCGUCUGAUUUAAUCUUGGCUUCUCCACUCGGUCUACGAAUGACCAUUGGCGCGAAGGGAGAGGAACAUCGGGAUUAUGAUUUCCUCUCCAGCAUCGAACUGCUCAUCAUCGAUCAGGCAGAAAUAUGUCUUGCUCAAAACUGGGAUCAUGUGUUGCAUGUUAUGGAACACCUGCAUCAUCAACCGCAGAGCGCAGAGCAUACAGAAUUUUCUAGGGUUCGUGAAUGGUUCCUGAACGGCUGGUCUAAGUUUUAUCGACAGACAAUUCUGCUCUCCUCGGUUGAGCUGCCCGAGUUCCGGUGGCUGUUUAACAAGCACUUUAAAAAUUAUCGUGGAAAAAUCCGUUCCAUCAAUCACGUGCCUACGGGAAGCAUCAAGCAUGUGGUCGUUAAAGUUCCUCAAAGUUUCCAGCGCAUUGAGACGACAACGUUAGAGUCCCAGAGCAAUGCCCGAUUUGCACACUUUGUGAACGUCAUUCUACCACAGGCCAGAAAUGUCACCAUGGCACGCUGCCUCAUUUACGUGCCAAGCUAUUUCGAUUUCGUGCGCUUGCGUAACUACUUCAAGAAGGAAGAGAUAAGUUUCACCCAGAUCUGCGAGUACACGACCGACGCAAAGAUCGCUCGUGCCCGGGACAUGUUCUACCAUGGAAGCAAACAUUUCCUGCUCUAUUCCGAGCGGUCACAUUUUUAUCGACGCCAUCGAAUAAAGGGUAUCCGGCAUUUGGUUAUGUAUGGGCCACCGGUGUUCCCCAAUUUCUACCCAGAGAUGGUAAAUCUCAUGGCAAAUGAGAACCAGAACCGAAAGGACGGUGUCGACCCGAGUACGAUGACCGUUACUGUGCUGUACACUAUGUUUGAUUCGUACUAUUUAUCAGAAAUUUUGGGAACACAGCGAGCGAGCUCCAUCAUACAAGCUCCAAGAUCGGUUUAUCGCUUUACGACCGAUCACAAAUGAAUACAUCGUCCAAUAAAGUGUAAAUUGUUAACGAUUA